AUAUAAUCGUUUACUCGUCUCACACAGGCAUUGACUGGAGAGAGAGAAAGAGACGGGAGGAGAGAGAAAGCUAGUUAGCUAAACAUGGAGCUCUAAAUUACAUUUGAAGAUCGCUGUAGGGUUUUUAGCCUUAUCGCAUCACAUAUCUAGAGGUGUACGACUUGUCAUCGAUUGUGCAACGUUCGUGUUUCUAGGAUCAAUAUUUAACUUAUUUUUAUUUUCUUGUCCAAUUAUGGAAGAGGAUGAGCAAUAGGAAAAGAAGCAUAUGAAAAGAUUUCUCAAAAUCCUCACUCCCCAAUUAUUCCUUUCUUCAAUUAGUGAAUUUUAUUUCACUAAUUGACCUUUAAUUUAUCCACACAACACUGUUUAUAUUUUCUUUUGUCUUGCUCCAAAAUUUCAAGAAAACAGUAGCAUAAAGUUGAAAAAUUAAGGUACACAAGAAGAUGGGAGAAAGCAGUGGCUCACAAUGUUCCAAGACAAGUCCUUCUAACAUUGAUGAAGAUGACGAGGGUGAAAGUGAGGCCAAUGAAGAUCAAAGUAAGCAAAACAACAACGGAGGAAGCUCAAGUAACAGCACAGUGGAAGAGAAUGAGAAGAAGAUAAGGCCUUAUGUUAGAUCCAAGAUGCCAAGGCUUCGGUGGACACCUGAUCUUCAUCUUCGCUUUAUUCAUGCGGUUCAACGACUUGGAGGACAAGAGAGAGCAACACCAAAAUUGGUUCUUCAAUUGAUGAACAUCAAAAGUUUAAGUAUUGCCCAUGUCAAGAGUCAUUUACAGAUGUUUAGGAGCAAAAAGGUGGAUGACCGAAAUCAAGUAUUUGCGGAUCAUAACAGUCUUGUUGAAACCGGAGACAAAAAUAUUUAUAAUCUUAGCCAACUUUCAAUGCUCCAAGGGUAUAAUCCGAGUCAAAGUUCAUCCUUCAGCUACACAAACAAUUAUCCAAGUUAUGGAUUCGGGGAUGCUUCUUUUGGUGUCUACGAGAAACUGCUACAAAGACCUUUCGAUUGGUCUAAUGCAAUUUCUUCUCGGGAAGGUUCAUCCAUUUUUGGUGAACAAAGCAAAAUCCGUGAACCGAAAGAUGAGUUUCUCUCAUUUGGUGCUCAUGAUCACUCUCUAAGCACACCCACAAGAUUAAGCCACGUUGAUCACACGCCACCAAUCAAUAUUAUGCAACAAAUAGCACAAAAUCUCAUGCCUAUAAACCCAACAACAAAUCAACCAGAAUUGAAGACACUGAAAAGGAAGGCUUCAGAUCAUACAACCCUUGAUUUGGAUCUGUCACUAAAACUAAACUCAAAGAUUAAUGAUGCUGAAGAAGGAACAUUAAAUAACCAUGAAGUUGAUAGCACAAACCUAUCACUCUCAUUGUGCUCUCAAUUAUCCUCAUCAUCUAAUCCUAGCAGCAGGUUGAUCAAGGAAGCACAACAAGAUCGAUGUGAUGAACAAGGGAAAAUAAUGGCCAGUACUCUAGAUCUGACUAUAUGAAUGAGACAAAUUCUCAGUGAGAUCUUGAGGUACUUGUCAGAAAACUAUGCUUUUUUAUAUAACCAAAUUCUUACAUUUAUCUGACUUAGUUAUGUAUGUUUCUUGUCUCUUUCUGUAUGACUGUCAAAUACAUGAACUAGCUAGAUGAAUGAAUCAUGAUUUUAAAUUCCA